AUGACGAAAGUGGCAGUUAUCUGGACAUGUACUUUAGUCAUCUGCCUGUUUGUUGACUACUGUUAUGCGCAGAAGCUGAAUAUCCACUGGGGCCCUCAGUCCAUGAUGUACUUAAAGGGCAAACAUGGCAGGAGGUUUGUCUCAGAGGACAACAACAGUGUUUUGAAGCAGUGCCUCCUUGGCUGGUAUGCAGUGAUCCGAGGCAUCCAGAAACUGCAGUCGCUGGACUUCAAAAGACCCAGUCACAUUCUGAGCUCAGAGAAAGUCCUCAUACACUACCUCCAGAAGAGAUGAGACACACCAGCUCGGACUGUGUACACGCAAUCCAAACUGACAGUUCAUUGAGAA